AUGGAAGACUCCGAAAAUGUUGAAGCCGAAGAUGUUCUCACGGAGAUAGAUAACCUCAACAGCAUUUGGUCAUCGUAUCUAUCUGUUCAUCAUAAAAUUCUUGAUUUGGCAGACGACGAAGCUGUUUACGAGGAAGCAAUGACGCAUCAGAUCGCAUUCGAAGAGGAAUAUUUGUCACUGAAAAAGGGUUUGGGUAGGCUUCAGACACGUUUGGAGCCAGCCGAACACGAGGUCACUUUCAACCAACAAAAUGGUGGCAACACUAGCGUCAUCGAAGCACUAGUUCAGCAACAAACACAGCUUCUUCAAGCAAUCACAUCCAACGUAGGAGCGUCAACGACUUUAGUUCCGCCAUCAAGCAACGAUACGUCAGCCGAUAAUACCGCACUGCCGGACUUAAGGCUGCCGCGCAUGAGUCUUCCGAUCUUCAACGGAAAUUUUCUGGAAUGGCAAUCGUUUUACGAUCUGUUCAGUGGAUCAGUGCAUCAAAAUCCAUCACUUCGUCCCAGUCAGAAACUCUAUUUUCUCAAAACGCAUUUGGCGGGAGAAGCAGCUACACUGAUUUCGCAUCUAAAUGUUGAGGAUGCUAACUAUCAACCAGCUCUUCAAAAGUUAAAAGAGCGAUACAAUAAACCGCGUGCAAUCGCUAAUCUGCACAUCACUCGUUUUUUGAGCCAACCAUCAUUGACAGCGUCGUCCCCAUCUGGUUUGCGCUCCCUCCACGAUGUUUCGGAUGAAGUGAUUCGCGCUUUAGCAGCUCUCGGACGCGAAGAAAGAGACAUUUGGUUACUACACGUUCUGUAUGAAAAGUUGGACUCGAACACUAAAGAACUGUGGUGUCAAAGGAUUGUGGACCUUGAAGAGGAUGAUAUAAGUUUUGACGCACUGUUGAAAUUUAUUGAUAAUCGAAGCUCAGCCCUGCAAUCAUCACAACGGUCCCGGAUCUCUAGCACCAUCCCAGCUAAUAAGGUUCCAGCAUUAAGGCCCCAAUCUAAGCAACUUUCUGCAUUAGUUGCUACUAAACAAACACAAGUCAUCUGUGGCAUUUGUUCGAGACCUGGUCAUCAACCGUACCAAUGCGGUAAGUUCACACACGCUAGCUCAGCUGAUCGAUUCUUUAUGGUUUCUAGACAGAAGCUAUGCCAGAAUUGUUUAAGGAACCAUGGUGGAGAAGAAUGCAAGGCGGGUUUCUGCCGAAAAUGUGGACAGAUGCAUCAUACGUUGCUUCACAACGCUUUUCAACCAGCAGCCCAAGUGACACCACUCGAAGAAAAUACCUCUGCAUCACCGCAAGCGCUUAUAUCAGCUAUUAACCUAUCUGAUCAUCUCGAUGGUACGAACGUGCUUCUUUUGACGGCUACUAUUGACGUUUUCGACAAAUACGGUCGACCACAUUCAGUUCGCGCAGUGCUCGAUUGUGCAUCACAUCUUAGCUUCAUCAGAAAAGAUUUGUGCGAUCAGCUCGGUGUUGAAAAAUCGCCUAUAAACCUGGAUUUUCAAGGAAUAUCGUCUACAAGCACACACUCCAGUUUAGGCGCUACCGUAACAAUUGCCUCCAGGUGCUCAAAUUACCAGUUUAGCCUUCCGUGUGCCAUAUUGGAUCAAAUCUCUGCCGACCUUCCAUUGCGUCCUGUGAAUAUCGAAUAUUGGCCAAUUCCACAUUCCGUACAUUUGGCUGAUCCGCAAUUUCAUAAUCCUGGAAGAAUCAGCAUUCUUUUGGGCCUUCAACCGUUUUUAGAGCUAUUGGAACCUGGACAAAUUGUUCUCGAUCCAGCAGGUCGUCUGCCUAUUCUUCAAAAUACGAAGCUAGGAUGGGUGGUAUCAGGUCGUUAUGAAACACCACCGCAAGCGGCCCCUAUCAGUUCUACUUGUUUAAUCACCUUCGUUGAUGAUACACUUUCUCAACAAUUGCAAAGAUUUUUUGAGAUGGAGGAAUACACGCAUCCAGGUCCCCACUUCAGUGAAGAAGAAAGGAUGUGUGAGGCACAUUUCGAACAGAACACCGUUCGCGACAACAAUGGUCGAUUCCAAGUUCGUCUCCCCUUCCGAGAAGAUCCAAAAUCACUAGGAAAAUCUCGUGAAAUCGCUACUAAACGGCUUGAGCAAAUUGAGCGAAAGUUGGCCAAAAAUCAUCAGCUUAAGGGACAGUAUCACUUCUUUCUGCGUGAGUAUCUCGAGGCAGGCCAUAUGUCUCUCGCCAAAACACCAGCACCGGUUGGAUCAGUAUACCUCCCACACCAUUGCGUCUUGAAGGAGUCCAGCACUACAACCAAAUGCCGUGUCGUUUUCGAUGCUUCGGCCAAAACGACUAGUUCAAAAUCACUUAAUGACGUGCUAAUGAGUGGUCCUGUCCUACAAGAUUCCCUCAUCGACAUUCUGCUACGGUUUCGUUUCCCAGUUAUUGCACUUACUGGUGAUAUACAGCAGAUGUACCGUAUGGUGCAAGUUGCAACGGAGGAUCGUGAUUAUCAACGAAUCUUAUGGCGAUGGAAACCUGAAGAUGACAUCGAUGAGUACACUCUAAACACCGUCACCUACGGAACAAAACCGGCGUCGUACCUCGCGACAAAAUGCGUUCAACAGUUGCUCAAUCUCUUUGCUGUAAACUACCCGGAUGCGGUCCAGAAGGCAUUGAAGGGGACAUACGUUGAUGACGUUUUGAUCGGUGCAGAUUCUCCUGAAGAAGCUCAACAGUUACGACAACAGCUUUCGGAAAUAUUUGCAUCUGGAGGUUUCCACCUGCGUAAAUGGGCGUCUAAUUGUAACAGGGCCCUUGAAGGUGUAUCCGAAGCAGACCUCGAAAUUAGGAUCCCGAUCGAAUUAAAUGGAAACGAAACCAUCAAGGCCCUUGGAAUUCACUGGCAGCCGUGCAGUGAUGAGCUCUUGUUUUCCUAUCAACCAGUUAAGAUCCUUCAGCCCACUAAACGUAUCAUUUUGUCGCAAAUCGCCAGCCUGUUCGACCCUCUGGGUUUGCUCGCUCCAAUCAUCGUCAAGGCGAAGUUGGUGAUGCAACGUUUGUGGGAGCUGAAGGUGGACUGGGAUGAAACUCCCCCUGGUGAGUUGAUUGAUGAUUGGAUAGUUUUAGCACAGAAUCUGUUCGCUCUCAACUCAUUUCAGAUACCACGAAGAGUCGUCUACGCUCGAAGCCUUACACGACUCUACCUGCACGGCUACAGUGACGCUUCCGAGAAGGCAAUGGGCGCCUGCAUAUACAUUCGAUCCGUCGACGAAGAUGGCAACCAUUCAUCGCAUCUUCUUUGUGCAAAAUCGAAAACAGCACCGAUCGGGAAGGGUCGGUCGACCAUACCUCGCUUGGAGUUAAAUGCGGCGGUGAUCUUGGCACGUCUAAUCAGCAAUGUUACUGCAGCUUUGGCAAAACAGUUUCACGAAAUUCGAGCCUACAGUGAUUCCCAGGUAGCAUUGGCAUGGAUAUCUGGCGGAGCGUCUAUAUGGAAAACAUAUGUUGGAAAUCGCGUAGCCGAAAUCGCAACUCUCUUGCCGUCGAUCAACUGGUAUCACGUUGGUACCCACGACAACCCUGCAGAUAUAAUAUCGCGAGGUGCUCUUCCUGUUAAUUUGAAAACGAAUGAUCUUUGGUGGCAUGGUCCAAAUUGGCAGCAUUCAUCACCACAUCGAGAUCUUAACGAUGCACAAAGGCAACAAGUAGACCGUGAACGAAAAUCUAUGGCAGUCGGUCUCAUGGUCGCAUAUCAAAAUCAUUUUUUAGAUGAGAUGUUAAAUCGUUACUACCCAAACAAACAAAUGUUGCUACGUGUCACUGCUCGUCUUUUGAGAUUCGGUUCCCGUGGACCUGAACGUCUAACAUCUGCAGAGUUGGAUAAGGCUCUUUUAAUAUAUGUAUCGCACACACAGAAAUCUCACUUCUCGAAUGAUAUCAACCGCUUGAAAGAAGGAAAAUUUGUGUCUAGCGGAAGUUCUAUUCGUUUACUCGAUCCUUACUUGGAUGCAGACGGGCUUCUCAGGGUGGGCGGCCGUAUCCGUCAAUCGAAGCUAAAUUAUGAUACAAAACACCAGCUACUGCUACCUCGGCGUUCUAUAUUCACUUCUCUAAUAUUAUAUGACGCCCAUAUCAACAACUUUCAUUGCGGACCGCAAACUUUGCUAGCAAUUUCUCGUCAACGUUUUUGGAUACCGUAUGGGACAAGUGCGGCUCGUAAAAUCACUCGGCAAUGCGUAACAUGCGCUCGAAUGAAACCUCUACCUUUACGUCAGCAAAUGGGUCAGUUGCCAUCAUCUCGUUUGGAUCCACAGCCUCCGUUCUCUGUAGUAGGAAUAGAUUAUGCGGGUCCGGUGAAUAUCAUAAGCCGUAAGGUACGUGGAGCUGCAUCGAGCAAGGGAUACAUAGCCUUGUUCGUUUGUUUCGUUACAAAGGCGGUAUGGCUGGAAGCAGUAUCGGAUCUCAGUACACCAUCGUUUCUGGCGGCGUUUACCAGGUUCACCAGUCGCUACGGUAUGCCAGCAAAGGUAUAUAGCGACAACGCUACAAAUUUUCGUGGAGCAGCAAAGCAAUUGAAGGACGUCGCAAAUCUUUUCAAUUCCAAUGCACACCAAUCGAUCGUGGCAGAUUUUCUUGCCGACAAGGGUGUCGAGUGGAACUUUAUUCCGCCACGCUCUCCUCACCAUGGAGGGCUCUGGGAAGCUGGUAUCAAGGUCGCCAAGCAGCUGCUGUGUAAAAUUUCAGGUAAUUUCACAUACACGUUCGAGGAAUUGUCGACUCUUUUGGCACAGGUUUCGGCAUGCAUGAACUCUCGUCCCAUCACACCGAUUUCCAAUGAUCCAACGGACCCGCAGCCAUUGACCCCCGCGCAUUUUCUGAUUGGGAGGCCGUUGACAACAGCACCGGAAAUCAACCAACUCGAACGCCGUGUCAGCUCUAUGUCGCGUUGGCAAUUUGUUCAGCGUGUAUCUCAGGAGUUUCGAGCAAGAUGGCAGAAGGAAUAUGUACGAUCGUUGCAGGUAUUCACGAAGUGGCAAAAAUCUGCAUCUAACGUGAAGGUUGGUGACUUCGUACUUUUGGUUGGCGAAAACGAUAAGCCGAAGCAGUGGCCGCUUGGACGGAUAGUGGAAGUUCAUCCAGGACCUGAUGGAUUGGUCCGAGUAGCAUCUCUGAAAACUGGCAACGGAAUCACACAACGAGACAUCCGGCGAAUUCGUUUGAUACCCAUGGACAGCGAUGAAUACGUUUCAAGACGAUUAAGUAAUGAAAUUCCGGACCGGAAUUUGGUGGGCGGCUUAUGUUCGAACGUAAUCGAUGAACAACCCUCGCUACUACCUAGCAUCUAA